CCUCCUCCUCCUCCUCCUCCUCCCCUAGCCCCACCCUGAACUCAUUAUCCUACCACCCUCCGCCCUCCGCAAGGGUGGAGUUGACAGUGGCUCCUCUCUUUUGUCACGAGCUGGCCUUCACAGUUUUCCCGCCCCAAUCGGACCCCAGUGGGGAAUAUCAUGUUGGUCUGUCAAGUGCGUGUGCUGAUGAAAAAUACGUGCUCAGCUUGCUGCUCCCUGCAGGAGUACUGGCGCCGGCAGAUUGUCGAUCGACAACAGAACAUCCGCUUCAGGCAGUGCAGGGACGACCUGGUCCUGGACACCGACAUGGGCGCAUGCCUUGCAAAGUGGCCCGACCAUACUGCCAAUCUUGUUUUCCAUUGCUUUACUUGCUCACUUUUUGGGGGGCGAUGGCGAUUUCCUUGUUGGUAGAGCGAUGCUGGUCCCGCGCGAUCGCAGCACUACGAAGGGACCUCCACCGUAGCGGCUCUGAACCCUGCUUGCUGGGCGAAAGUUCUUUACCGUCGCCCACUCCCUUUCCCAUCCUCCUCCCGCCUGCCUCCCUUCUCGUUCCCCCCUAGCUUGGAACCAGUUGACCCGGACGAUCUCCAUUGCUCCUGUUUGUAGCUUUGCCAUCAGUUCCUUUAUUUUUUGCCCUCCCCUGCUCUGAUGAAGCGUUGCCCCAGUGCGAGGUGGGAUGUGAGCUUCGAGACCAAAGGCCGCAAUGGCGAUUGGAGGCCCGCUACGUUACUUGUCCAUGUGGCCCUCCUGAAAUUGGAGCGAUCGCGUGGAACGUACGCCAGGGGCACCAAGAUUGCGCUCAGGAUUGCAUCUUUGGAGGAGUACUGGCACAGUCUGUCCAUGGAUGGCACAGAGAAGGGCGGCGAGUGGGACACCUCCGGGAUGACGCCCCAGCAGAGGGCGGCCGCGGCCAAGAGGAGGCUGCAGACGCAGCAGCUGGAGCAGGCGAGGCGGCUGAUGCAGGGCAAGGGGCUGCAGCCCGCGGUCGUGGCCUCGAUGCUGCAGGCCCAGGCGCUGCACCAGCAGGGCCCCGGCGCUGGCGCCAGGGUAACGAAGGGCGCUGCGAAGGGCCUUGACCCGACCACCACCUUCAACAGGUGCUGGGACUUCGACAAGGGGAAGUGCUCUCGAGGGAGCAGCUGCUGGUACCUGCACGUCGAGGAUGGAGGCAAGGGCGGCAAGAGCAAAGACGAGGCAGGCAAGACAAGGCCUGCGCUGGGCGAGG